UAUUUCAAUUUGUUACUAAAUCAUUAUCAAGACAGUAAAAUGACAAGUCUAAAAGUAAAGGUUACAUACAAUUUGAAACAUAUAAGAUAAUUGUUUGUUACACAAAGGAUGAAAGAAAUAAAAGAGCAGUAUUAAAAGAAGUUGUACAAACAAUUAAAACAAUUGUAAUUCCUUCGAUGCCAUAAUGCCGUCAUUAAGAAUGGGUUUCUUUUCUUUUAUAUGAAACGCCUCUUUGGACAAAAGAAUGUUCCAAAUAUCCGAGGUGUCAAUAACUUGUGUAUUCUCUAGCACUAAGUUCAAUUUCAAUUUUACUACCUCAAAAUCGUUAGAAAAUAUAUUGUUAAUGUUCACACAGGGGACAAUUAUCUUGUGUUUUAAUAGCCGAAUCAUGGCGGGAAGCAUGUUCUUGUGUUCGCUUGAAUAACUUUUGUUUAGUAUUACCGACGUACGAGUCUUUGCAGCCGGAACAUCAACAUGAUUUGCAAGAUGAUAGACGAAGUUUCAUUCACAUCGGGUGCGGAUCUAGUGUAUGUCAGAACCGGUACAUAUCUCCUCACCUUGCUGAUUCUGCCGAUGUACAUCAAAAAGCGAAUGGCAUUCUGCUAUUUUUUACUCAUUAUGUUGGUCAAAACGACAGAUACAGCAAUUCUGAUUGGUCGAUGGGUUAUGACUAACAUUUCUAAUUUCAAGGAGACCAAAGAAUGUAGUGGUAAAAACGGUAACCUACCACUUGCAUCAACACUUGGACCAGUAUCUGUGCUUGGAGUCUUUCCAGAAUGCCUGUACCAGUUAAAUCCAGUAAUUCCACAACUAUCCAUUUCAAAGUCGCAAGAAAAACUUCCUGAAAUAUAAUUUUAAAAUACUCUUUCAUUCUAAUUGAUUGAAUUGCAUUGACGAAGUUAUUUGGAGAUGGCCGUAAAUGCCGUAGGAAACAGACCGCAGAUGCGUCCUAAAGAAACCAACUGAUCCGAGUUGUUUUUAGAAAAAAUACAAUCUAAGAGUUAAUUGUCACAAAACUUCCAAUUAUGGCAUAACUGCAGUAAAUAUGGCAAUAUAAUAAUACAAUAGCAGUAGUUAUAAUACAAUAGCAACACGACAAUGUUAAUACGUAGUAGUUGAUGCCGAUAAGGCAUUUAUUUUGCACUUUAAAAGAAUGAGAAAAACUAGCCAUUUUGCACGAAGAAACCAUGUUAUAACCAGUUUAUCGUCACCUUUAAUCUUUGAAAUUUGGCAUCUUGGUGGGGUCUAGUUCAACGAAAGAGUGCAUGAAUAGUUAGAGUCCAUGAAUGGAUAGGAAAAAAGUCUUAUAUUUGAAAAAAAUUCGAAGUUUCUUCUUGAGAUAAGGUUUUAACAAGAGAAAAAUAACAUUUCAAACAGUUAUGAAAUGAGUGU